GGAGGCACAACACCUUGUGUCACCGGCCCAAGACGGAAGGAAGUGCUCUAGUCAGCGGAGGCAUCGAAGGUCAGACGGAUCCGAGCGCAAGCGACAAGACGAGCGGCAGCCCUGCCGUUCACCACUCAAUGAACGCACCUGCCAAAAGGCACGUGCUUAUGGCCACUGCCGUGGUUAACGCGAUAGCUCCUAAUGGAACCAUUGUCCCACUGCGCGUUCUGCUCGACAGCGCGAGCGAGGCGCACUUCAUUACGCACGCGGCAUGCAAUCGACUAGGAGUCAAACGCGAUCGAACUAACGAAAUUGUGACGGGCCUAAGCGGAAGCAAGAACGUUGUAAGUCAAUAUUGCGAGAUUGUUGUGCAGUCAAGAUAUUCGGACACUCGGGUCAUUGUACGCAGUCUCAUAGUACCGAACAUUACCAAGCAGCUACCGUCGGUAGAAGUAGAUCGUAACUCGUUUGAAAUACCGUCAAAUGUUAAACUCGCGGAUCCGGAAUUCUACAAACGCGGUGCCAUCGAUAUGCUAAUUGGAUCGGAACUGUUUUACGAAUGGAUGGAGCUGGGGAAAAUCGAGCUCGGCGACAACCGUCCAGUGAUGCAAAAUACCAAACUCGGCUGGAUAGUUGCGGGCACAUUCUCGCACCCGUCCAUCGCGUCUCUCUUCUGUGAUCGCACUGCAAUAACGACCCUGGCGUGUUCGGUGGAUCACUGUGAAACGUUAAAUCAGAACUUGAGUAGAUUUUGGGAGAUUGAGAACUAUCGGUCAAAUACCACUCAAUCGCAAUCGAAGGAAGUUUUAAGGAGCAAUGAGUUAUUUGAGAAAACAACGACUCGCACCGACAGCGGUCGAUUUGUGGUGCGACUUCCGUUUAUCGAUGAUCCAAAAACGCUGGGCGAAUCGCGGGAAAUUGCUUACAAACGAUUAACGCAGCUAGAGCGGCGUUUCGGUAGAGAUAAGGUUUUGCGCGAGCGAUAUAUAGAUUUCAUGAACGAUUACCUUAAGUCCGGACACAUGUCGUUAGUGACCAAACACGAGCGGAACAUCGAACAACCCACAGUCUACUUGCCGCAUCACGGCGUUAUUAAGGAAACAAGCACAAGUACAAAACUUCGCGCAGUUUUCGACGCGUCAAGUAAAACGAGCUCCGGCAGAUCACUAAACGAUAUUCUGCUCGUCGGACCUACGUUGCAAAGCAAUUUAUUUGAUGUCAUCGUUCGUUUUCGGUUUUAUAAUGUCGCAAUGACCGGAGAUAUUCGGCAGAUGUAUCGGCAGGUACUCGUGCAUGAAAGGGAUCGAGAUUAUCAAAGGAUACUCUGGAGAUCGUCUCCAGGCGAUUCGGUGCAAGAAUUUCGCUUAAACACUGUUACAUAUGGACAAGCCAGUUCGGCUUACCUAGCCAUAAAAUGUAUUUACAAACUCGCGGAACAUUGUGAGCGGAACUUUCCGAUAGCGUCGCGAAUAUUGCGCGAGCAAACGUAUGUUGACGACAUCUUGGCGGGUGCCGACAACGUGAACGACGUGGUUAUACUGCAGGAACAACUCGCAACGGUGCUAAGGACUGGAGGAUUUGAAACGCAUAAAUGGUGCUCCAAUCGUCCGGAGAUUACGGACAAGAUAUCGUCAUCAUCGAGGGAGGAUACGCCUAAUCUCAGCAUCGACACAGACGGCACCAUAAAAACACUCGGGCUUGAGUGGAACCCCAAGGAGGAUGUAUUCCAGUUCAUCGUGCGCAGAGCAGAAACGGUCAACACCAAGCGCGAGAUUUUAUCAGCGAUCAGCAAGCUGUUCGACCCUCUCGGACUCAUUGGACCUGUAAUCACUUCGGCAAAGCUCAUUAUGCAGCAAACGUGGAGAACUGAUUGCCGUUGGGAUGACCCUCUGCCUGACCAACUUCUGGAGAAAUGGGAAAGAUUUCGGCGGGACUUAAAUGCCGCCGAGGUUGUCGUCAUUCCGAGACCGAUAGCUCCAAACAAGAAUGCAGCGAAGCUCUAUUUGCAGGGAUUUUGCGACGCGUCUGAGCACGCGUACGGAGCAUGCAUCUUCGUUCAAGAAAGAGGCGAGUGUGGAACGAUCGCCUCGAGACUGCUGUGCUCCAAGUCGAGGGUAGCACCAACCAAGCCGACAUCGAUACCCCGCUUGGAACUGUGCAGCGCGGUGCUGCUCGCUCAUUUGAUGACGGACGUUCAAGGCAUGAUAAAUGCGAGCAUCGAGGGUAUCCAAGCGUGGUCGGAUUCCCAGGUCGUUUUGUGGUGGAUUCGCGGCGAUGCGACACGCUGGAAACCUUUUGUGGCACACCGCGUAGCCGAGAUCGUCGAACUUCUACCGGCAGACCAUUGGAACCACGUUAGGGGAGUCGAGAAUCCUGCCGACGUGAUCUCAAGGGGCGCGACUCUAUCUCAACUCAGGGACUCCAAGCUAUGGUGGUCAGGACCUCAGUGGUUGAACGAAGAGAGCCCGUCAGUAUCUGAAACUCCCAUAGUAUUCGAGCCAUCUCUCGAAUUGGCGGAAGAAAUUCGAGCCGAAGAGCGAGCGAAACCACGAAUUUGCGCACUAAUUGAAACAAAGAAUUUAGUCCUGCAGGACUUAAUCGACAGGUUUUCAUCGCUAACUCGAAUCGAACGCAUAACUGCUUACUGCUUACGUUAUGUAUCUAACCUGCGGAGGAACCCAGACGAACGAGAGCUGUCAAGGUUAACCGCUGUUGAAAUUCGAAACGCUCAUUUGCUUCUUAUUCGACACGCACAGGCAGAUGAAUUCUCUAACGAUAUAGCUGGUUUGAGGCGGGGAGGCAAGUUGAAGUCGACAAGUAAAAUCUUACCGUUGCACCCGUUUCUAGACGAACAAGGCGUACUCAGGGUAGGCGGACGCCUCCAGAAUGCAUCAUGGACCUUUGCGAGGAAACAUCCCAUAAUAUUGCCAGCGGGCAAUCGACUAUCAAGAUUGUUGCUCGAGAAAGAGCAUUGCCGGUUACUACACGCAAGUCCACAGCUCCUGCUGUCCUCGGUGAGAGAGCGGUACUGGCCUAUGAAGGGACGCAGCUUAGCCAGACAAGUUUGUCACGAUUGCGUUGUCUGCACCAGAAACCGACCGAGAAGGUUAACUCAAAUGAUGGCUCCUCUGCCUGGAGAUCGAGUGCGCCCCAGUCGAGCAUUCGCAAUAGUCGGCGUCGAUUUCGCCGGCCCUUUGGUAACUCUCGUCAACAAGGGACGAGGUCGAAGAACGAACAAAUCGUACAUUGCAUUGUUCGUUUGUCUAGCAACCAGGGCUAUUCAUCUGGAGGCUACUAGCGAGCUCUCCACCGCAGCCUUUUUGGCGACGUUGCGCCGGUUUAUUGGAAGAAGAGGACGUCCAACCAAAAUAUACAGCGACAAUGCCACGAAUUUUGUCGGCGCUGACCGUGAAUUGAAGGAGAUGUAUCAAUUCGCUCGCGCUCAGAUGGAGGGCGACUCCGGAGAAGCUCUCUCAAAUGAAGGAAUCGAAUGGAGUUUUAUCCCUCCCCUCUCUCCGCACAUGGGGGGGAUUUGGGAGGCAGGAGUAAAAUCCU